AUGACGGACGCCCGCGCUAGGGAUGACAUCCUCGAGCUGGCCACGAGGGCCAAACAGGCCGUGCACAGCCCCAGCAGCUUCAUGACCGAGCUGCUCGUGCAACAGCAGCAGUACGCCUGUCUGAACUGGCUGUGCCGCUUCGACGUGCUCAGGCGCAUCCCGCUGCCGCCCUCGUCGGUGUCGUACCGCGAUCUAGCGCGGGCGUGCGACGUGCCAGAGGACAGCCUGCGCGCGGCGACGCGGAUGGUCAUGACGACGGGCUUCCUGCGCGAGACGGCCUCGGGCGAGGCGGCGCACAACGCGCUGUCGGCCGCGUUCGUCGAGAACGCCGACCUGAUGACGUGGAUGCUGCACAUGGUCAACCACACGGUGCCGUUCAUGAACGGCUUCGCCGCCGCCACCGAGAAGUUCGGCGACUCGCUCCAGACCAACGAGACCGCCUUUAACGUCGCCUUCGACACCGACCUCGCCUACUUCCCCUACCUCAAGUCCCGCCCCGACCUCGAGCGCGAGUUCGACGCCUACAUGCAGAGCCAGUCCAAGGUCCACGGCGGCGCCCGCGUCGAGCACCUGCUCGACGGCUUCGACUGGGCCGCGCUUCCCGAGGACGCGCUGGUCGUCGACGUCGGCGGCGGCAGCGGCAGCACCUCGCUCGCGGUCGCGCGGGAGUUCGAGGGGCUGCGCUUCGUCGUGCAAGACCAGGCGACGCCGAUCGAGGGGGCGCGGCGGCGCAAGGCCGCGGCCGCGGCGGAGGACCCGGCGUGGCAGCGGAUCGAGCUGCAGGAGCACGACUUCUUCGGACCGCAGCCGGUGGCGGGCGCGGCGGUGUACCUGCUGCGGAUGAUCAUCCACGACUGGCCGGACGCGAAGGCGGCGCAGAUCCUGGGGCAGCUGGCGCGCGCGAUGAGCCCGGCGAGCCGCCUCCUGAUCAUGGACAUGGUGAUCCCGGCGCCGGGGUCGGGGCCGAUCCUGGCCGAGGCGGCGCUGCGCGAGAAGGACCUCUGCAUGCGCCAGGUCUUCAACGCGAAGGAGCGCGAGACGGGCGACUGGCAUAGCCUGGUCGCCCAGGUCGACCCCCCGCUGCGAAUUCGCGCCAUUAAGAGGCCCGACGGCUGUCAGCACUCAGUCAUCGAGGUGGCGCUGGCGCGCGACGGUCACGCGGGCGCGACGAAUGGCGUGAACAAGCUGAACGGGACGAACGGGACGAACGGGACGAAUGGCGCGAGUCACUAG